AUGUUCGAAGACACUAUUCCUCAUGACGAGAACGUCAUGACCACUGCUCUUGGAAACUCUGAAGAUAUUUUCAACCUACGGCCUGUGGUCGCUUCUACAUUAGAACAAACGCUUUCAAAAGACUCGGAUGUCUUCCGCUAUAAUUAUGGACGACUUAACGGUAUGGUCCCUGAGCGUUCUGCCUAUUUCUCGCUGGUAUACCCCAAAAAGGCUACAAAUCUAGAUACUGACUUCCACCAUCUAAGUUUCGAUGUGGAUAUCUUGACGAGGUGGAUCUCGCGUGAUGUGUUGAAGUUUUUGGUUCCCAUCUUGCAUUUUCAGGACAUGCAGUUGGAAAGAAUGGAGAAGCGAGCUGCCGCAUUAACGGCCAAGCCCGUCCCAACCACCCAGGAACUACAACUUUGUAGUAAAUUGAAGGGAGCAGGAUAUUGGAGCAGGAAGGGCAAUUGGUUCUGUACGACGAAAAAUGUGUCGAAGUUACAUGACGAGUUCGGUCCAAAAUGUUUCAAUUCUUACAGUGAGUGGGCUGCCUGGGAGCAGAAGAUAACUUCUGGUAUUAAUGAUGCUAGAAAUGCUGACGAUCGUGACAUGUUGCAAAAGUUGAGGCAAGCUCGGUAUGUGCGGUGGAACGAGUAA